GCUACCCAUCCUAAUUGGGCUCAAUCAUGAGAGGUUAAAUACAGAACCCAAUGAAACGGCCCAAGUAGGCUUAUUUGCGCACGUGCGUAUUGACGCCGGAGAAAAACAAAACAAAACCCUGCAACUCAAAAUCUCAAUAGAAGAAGAAGAAGAAGAUAGCCAUUGAUGCGCACUCUCCCACACUCCUUCACCUCUCUCCUUCAAUCAUGCAAAACCCUGAAGCAAGCAAAGAAGCUCCACGCUCUCAUUCUCCUCACAGCCUCACACCACAACCCUUUCUUCAUAACGAAGCUAACCCAAAUCUACGCCGAUUGCGACGACCUCCGCUCCGCCCUCGCCCUCACCCUCCUCCGCCCCAACGUCUUCGCCUUCACCGCCAUCCUCUACUUCCACUCCCGCCACGCCCACGCGCACCAAUGCAUCCUAACCUACGCGCGUCUCCGCCAAAACGCCGUCGUUCCGGACAACUACGUCUUCCCCAAGGUCCUCAAGGCGUGCGCCAAGUUGUCACUCUUCGUAACCGGCACUGUCAUCCACAAAGAUGUUGUCGCAUUCGGGUCGGAGUCCAACGUGCAUGUUCGCAACUCCUUGUUGGGUAUGUAUGCGAAGUGCGGGGAUAUGGCGAGUGCGGAGAGGGUGUUCGGUGAAAUGCCUCAAAGGGAUGUUUUUUCGUGGAAUUCCGUGAUGUCGGGUUAUGUGUGUAAUGGGUUGCCGGAUAGGGCUGUGGAGGUGUUUGGGGUUAUGAAAGAGGAAUGUCAACCGGAUGUGGUCACGUGGAACACGCUGAUGGAUGCUUAUUGUAAGAUGGGGCUGUGCUGUGAGGCUGCAAGGGUUUUCGGAGAGAUUGAAGUUCCUAAUGUGAUUUCGUGGACGAUUUUGAUCUCGGGUUAUGGUAGUGUUGGGAGGCAUGGUGUUUGUUUGGAGAUUUUUAGGGAAAUGGUGAGUGUGGGGAGGGUUUUACCUGAUGUGGAUGCUCUUUCUUGUGUGCUUGUGUCGUGCAGGUUUCUUGGGGAUUUGGCUAGUGGGAGGGAGAUUCAUGGCUAUGGCCUGAAAAUCAUGUGUGGGGAUGUGUUUUACAGGUCUGCUGGUGCUGCGUUGUUGACGUUGUAUGCCGGUUGCGGCAGAGUCGAUCGUGCUUAUAGCGUGUUUCGUGGGAUGGAUAAGGGUGAUGUUGUUACGUGGAAUGCGAUGAUUUUUGGUUUGGUGGAUGCGGGGUUGGGGCAUUUGGCGCUUGAGUGUUUCAGAGAAAUGCAGGGGAGAGGAGUGGAGAUUGAUGGCACCACUGUGUCCACUAUACUGCCUGUUUGUGAUUUGAGACGUGGGAAACAGUUACAUGCUUAUGUUAGCAAGUGGAAUUUCAGUUGUGGGGUUCCGGUUUUUAAUGCGCUUGUUCAUAUGUAUUCGAUCCGUGGAUGCAUUGUGUAUGCACAUUCUGUGUUUUCCAUGAUGGAGAACAAGGACUUGGUUUCGUGGAAUACGAUUAUUGGAGGAUAUGGAACGCAUGGGCUUGGCCAGACUGCUUUGAAGCUUUUGCAGGAGAUGAGUGGUUCGGGCAUUAGGCCUGAUUUGGUGACUUUUUCUUGUGCACUUUCGGCUUGUAGUCAUUCAGGACUUGUGGAUGAAGGGAUUGAACUUUUCUACAGAAUGACACAGGAUUUUGGCUUGAUACCAGUGAGGGAACACUUUUCUUGUGUGGUUGACAUGUUGGCCCGUGCAGGUAGGCUUGAAGAUGCUUUUGAUUUCAUUAACCAAAUGCCACAGGAGCCGGAUAAACAUGUUUGGGGAGCUUUACUUGCUGCAUGCCAAGAGCACCAAAAUGUUAGUGUUGGAAAGCUGGCUGCAGAAAAGUUGAUCAGUUUGGAACCGCGUGAAGCUGGCCAUUAUGUGACACUGUCAAAUAUAUACUCGAGAGCUGGAAGAUGGGAUGAUGCUGCAAGAGUAAGGAAGAUGAUGGAUGGCCAUGGAUUGCUGAAGCCAUCAGGACUUAGUUUGGUUGGUACCGGAAGUUAGCCUAGAGACAAAGACAACAAUAUGAUCAAGACCAUAUUUUGAUCAUACUUCAAAAAUUCUACUUACCAUGCAUUGUCAAUUUUGCACCAAGAGUUAAGAGGUGUGCAACUAUGUGUUGAAGUUGCCCGUUGAGCCAGGAAUAUUCAUAAUACCCCAAGCAGGAUUAGACUCUGGCUAGUAGACAAGAAAAUACCUUAGCAGCACAAAAAAAUGUAUUGAAGUUGCCUUGGGAUGGGAUGAGACAUUGUUCAGUGUUAGAAGAAUUAGCUUUCACGACAAAGGCAAACCAUAGUACUUACAGAUGAUAAACAAGUACAUAAGUGCUGUGUCAAGAACAUCGUGGAGGCAAAUAAAACUUGCCAAGGCAUAAAAGAGUUGAGACAGCUAAAAGGAGGUUAUAAGAAACAGAUGGACACAAAUUGAAGAGAGGAACCCAAUAGGUCUAAUAGUGAGUUGUACUGAAGAAAACUACGCACUUGGAGGUGCAAAUAUAUCAGCAUAACUGCCUGAUUUGGGUAACAAGUGCUAUCGUGGCAGAAAAUUAAAGCAUACUACCUGUUUGUAAAGUGUCUGGCAGAAAAUUACAGCAUACUACCUAUUUGUAAAGUGUGUGGCAGAAAAUUACAGCAUACUACCUAUUUGUAAAGUGUGUGGCAGAAAAUUACAGCAUACUACCUAUUUGUAAAGUGUGUGGCAGAAAAUUACAGCAUACUACCUAUUUGUAAAGUGUGAAACGAAGCUAAAAUUUUGACAAAUAAAAGAACAGGAUGCAUGUUAGUGAUUUAGGAUUUCUCAAUAACUAGAGGGACAAGGUUUCUAGUUUGGAAAUCAAGAAGUUAAAGAGAACCUAAUCCUCGAGAGGUUACUAAAUUUGUUCAUUCUUUCUUUAUUGAUUUUCUUCUUAGAUCACUAAACCUUAGGGUUUCUCAAUAACUACAUGGACAAGGUUUCUAGUUUGGAGAUCAAGAAGUUAAAGGGAACUUAAUCCUUGAGAGUUUACUCAAUUUGUUCAUUCUUUCUUCUUUGAUUUUCUUCUUAGAUCAGUAAA